GAAUUGCCUCGCGACAUUUAAAAGCUUGCCCUGAAGUCUUCGGGACAUUUAUUGUUUCGUAAAACCCCGUCCGUACAGUUUAAACCGGGAGAAUUGACGAACAAACGGACCGGUCACCACCACCGAAGUUAAAAUCGGACCUCCGGGAUUAAAUGCCAAUCCCCCCCCCAAACCAGUCUUUGUGGGACCGCCGUCCACGUCGGACAUCACAGUGGUGCCGGGUGUAUGGUUUGUUUUCGCUGGUUGAUCAAAUAACUCCUAUCGUAGCUUUCCCCCGUUUUCCCCAAGCAAAGAAAUAAUAUGACAAAUCAGCCGAGUGUUCCGCUGCGUAGUGAAAAAGAUGAGGUUUCUGGAGAAGCCGUGUUUUUAUUUUACUCGGCUGUAUUAUCUCAUGUACUUGCAGGUCAUCCCAUCGAUUUUUCUUUCUUUUAAGAUAAAUCGUUGUCAUUGUGUUUAUGGAAAAUUACAUUUAACAGAGCCUCGGGUUUAUUCUUUAAAUGCAAAAUAUAGGUAGCCGAACUGUUAGCAGUUUUGGGAGGCAUAUUUACUCCACGGAGGUGUCUCCCAGUCAGUUUUGCGAUGUAAGGUCAUAGGUGUGCGCAAGCGUUCAUUACUUUGUUAGUAAUAACACAGAGGCGACUGCGAUGACUGGUGUUUUCAAACCAGCCCGCAAAAACGAUCUGCCUAUCUCUGUCGGGUAGGCAAAAACACAGGCUACGAAUCGCGGGUCUUGUUAAAGGAUGGAUUUUGCAGAUACGAGCCCCGGUCGAUACGAACGGGUUAAACCUGAGAUGCACUGUGAGAGUGAGUGAGUGUGCCAGAGAGAGAGAGAGAGAGAGAGGGAAAAGAACCGAGGUGGGUGGGGUCUGAGCACAGCUGCUGAGCCUCGUCACAAGCUACAGACCGUGAUAGAGACGAAAUUGGUGUGGGAAACACGGAAAGACCCCCAAAGAAAAAAAAAACACACGAACGAGGGAAUUGAUUCUCAAGUACUUUGAACCAGGGAUAGGGGAAAAGACUAAACACGUCGCCGUGUAGAGAUAAGAGUAUCUCAUGAUUGUAGAAUGAAACGACCAGCAGUCUGCCUGUUUGUAGGAAGAAGUGAACUGCGCUACAGAAAAAGCUGUUUGGCCAGCUAACGCAGGAAGGCACAUGGGGCUGUUUUCAUGACCCCAGACGGCGAAUCCGAGCUGAAUACUUGUGCACGUUCUGGGAUUUUUUUCCGAUUUCACAGCAUUAAUUUCCCACAUUUAGUGGGAAACGCUGCUAUUCGAAAGUUCUUGUGCAAUUGAUAAUAUUUUGCUCACCGACGUACAUGGGAUUCGCAUGGUCUUUUUCUUUUAAUAUAAGACCAAAAGACUACUGGUACCGCGGGGAAUUUAUUUUACAAAAGUUACUGCUGUUGAAAUUACAAAUCAAGAUACUGAAGAACGCUAACUCAGUUAAACUCGAGGCGACAUGCUGAGAACUGCGAUCCGUGUGCAUAUCUUUCAGAUACGACUUUGCUGUUUUUUUCUCAAUUUAUAGAUUCUAGUUUGUUGUCCGGAUAACAAGUUGGGAUCCACUAAACCAGCUGGAUCUGGCUCAGACCCCGCUGAAUCCUCUGUCAGUGUACAAUAUUUUAUUUUUCUGUUUUAUCGCUGACUCUCAACUUGACCGAAGGGAAAUCGCAUGUUCUACCUCUACGUUAGAUUAAUUAUAGCAAACGAAUCCAUCAUUAACGUUUAGUUUGUUCAACGCAUUUUUAUUUUUUCAGAAUUUUCCUAUUGACAGAUUUCCAUUGUUUGCAUUGGCUCUUAUAACCUAUGAUGUAUGAAAGCGUGGACGUCGUGGGAUUGAAUCCCAGCCCAAACCCUUUUUUAAUGAUGGAUUACUAUAAUCAGAAUCGUGGGUGCUUGAUUCAAGAGAAAGGACUUGUGGCCGGAGCAUCGCACCCCUACCCAACCUCCAUAACCUCUAUCAGAAACCAACACUGGAACGGCUCAAAUCACUCCAUUGAGACUCAGAGCACCAGCUCAGAGGAGAUCGUGCCAAGCCCCCCUUCGCCGCCCCCUCCCCCACGGGUCUACAAGCCCUGCUUCGUGUGCCAGGACAAGUCCUCAGGGUACCACUAUGGGGUCAGCGCCUGCGAGGGCUGCAAGGGCUUCUUCCGGAGGAGCAUUCAGAAGAACAUGGUCUACACCUGCCACCGGGAGAAGAAUUGCAUCAUCAACAAGGUCACCCGCAAUCGCUGCCAGUACUGCCGGCUGCAGAAGUGCCUAGAAGUGGGGAUGUCCAAAGAGUCGGUGAGGAACGACCGCAACAAGAAGAAGAAGGACGAGAAGAAGCAGGAGUGCACCGAGAGCUACGUGCUGAGCCCAGCCACAGAGGAGAUGAUCGAGAGGGUGCGCAAAGCCCACCAGGAGACCUUCCCCUCACUCUGCCAGCUGGGAAAAUACACUACAAACAACAGCUCUGACCAGCGCGUCGCCCUGGAUGUUGACCUAUGGGACAAGUUCAGCGAGCUCUCCACGAAGUGUAUCAUCAAGACGGUCGAAUUUGCCAAACAGCUCCCCGGCUUCACCACCCUCACCAUCGCUGACCAGAUCACCUUGCUCAAGGCCGCCUGUCUCGACAUCCUUAUCCUGCGGAUCUGCACUCGCUACACGCCUGAGCAGGACACCAUGACCUUCUCAGAUGGUCUGACGCUCAACCGCACUCAGAUGCACAAUGCUGGUUUUGGACCCCUGACCGACUUGGUCUUCGCAUUCGCCAAUCAGCUGCUGCCCCUUGAGAUGGACGAUGCUGAAACGGGGCUGCUCAGUGCCAUCUGUCUGCUGUGUGGAGACCGACAGGACCUGGAAGAGUCGGAGAGGGUGGAUAUCUUGCAGGAGCCUCUGCUAGAGGCUCUCAAGAUCUACGUGAGGAAACGGCGGCCGCACAAGCCACACAUGUUCCCCAAGAUGCUGAUGAAAAUCACAGACCUGAGGAGCAUCAGCGCUAAGGGAGCAGAGCGUGUCAUCACCCUGAAGAUGGAGAUCCCUGGCUCCAUGCCUCCACUCAUCCAGGAGAUGCUGGAGAACUCAGAGGGCCUGGAAAGCCAGGACAGUGGGGGUGCCCGGGCUGGUGGGGGGGCCCCUCCCGGGAGCUGCAGCCCCAGCAUGUCGCCCAGCUCCACCCAAAGCAGCCCGGCCACGCAGUCGCCGUAGCGCCGGGGGCCUUUACGUGCCCCCCGCCCCGCAGUAGCGUCUCACUCUUGCACGGCAGCCCUGGAGGAGUGCAGUCAUCACGUCAUAGACCUCGCUUGGAGGCCGACUGAGAAACACGGACACUGCUGACACCCCACCCUCCCUCUCACACCCCCUCCAGACCUUCGCGAUGACUGGAUACAUCCCAGCACAGGAUGUAGGGACUAUUUGACGUGGCAGGGACAGUCACACUUGGGACAGACGGACAGGCAGACUGGCUUAAGGACAGACAGUGCACACUGGUCGUCCUCUUAGGCUCCCUGCAGCCAGGACUAAAUGGAGACCAGACUUUCGGUCUUCUGUUUUCAACUUUAAGAGACAGAUUUUUUUUCUUAAAAAAGAUGUAUAUAUAAAUAUAUAUUAAAAAAAUAAGGAAUGAUUGACAUUGAAUUGUCCAAGAUGGAAUGACAGGUUUAAAAAAAAAAAAAAGUGUUUUUUGGAAAGUUUUCUCACAGUUUCUGAGAUUAGAUGCAAUUGUUUUUCUUCCACUGUCUUUUCAUACCCAUGAUAUUAACAGAGAAAUGCACAGCUGUUUUACUGAAUCAAAAGCAAAAGUAAAAAAAAAAAAAAAAAAAAGUACAAUUUAAUAUUCACUCAUGAAACAUUUAAAAAUGUUGGGCGAAGAAAAAGAUUGUUACACAAAUUGUUCCAGGGUUCACUUUUCUUUUGAGGAGAGAAAAAAAAAUCAAAAGAUAAUAAUAAUCUUACUGGUUGUAUGUAAGGUCACAGGUCCUUGAAAAAAACAAUGAAGAUUAUCUUUAAUAAGGUGUAUUUUAAGUAGCCUCUGAGAUAAUGUAUAUAAGCUGUAUUCCUUUCUUUAAACUAUGAAGAGUUUAGCCUUCACUUGAUUUUUUAAUACCUUUUUUGUGUUUUUAGGUUUUUUUGAGUAAAAGUGAUUUUAAGCACAUCUUACUGAAGGAAUCGCAUUGAUGUACUGUGUAGGCCACUUAGAUAAGGGACCGAUGUGUAGGAACGUAGGGGACACCAGUGAGGGGCAAGAACUGAUUUCUCGCUUCACCCUGAAGAAAGAAACAAGAAAAGAUCAAUGAGGAGGAGAGUCGCUCUGCUGGCACACAGACAUUGGCACUUGGUUUCAAGCUCAGUCUUACCCUGUGAUCUGAGACAGGGAGAGUUUGAAGUUGGCAGAGUCAGGUUGCCAAGCAACAGUUUAAAGGGAUGGCAACGUGCAGAAUGAAAAUGGUGUGUAUGUAUGUGUGCGUAUGCGUGCGUGUUUGUGCGUGUUUGUGCGUAUGUGUGCGCAUGCGUGCGUGUUUGUGCGUGUUUGUGCGUAUGUGUGCGUAUGUGUGCGUGUUUGUGAGCGAAGGAUUCAACAGGAGCCCGAUGAGUUCUUGGCAGAAGCUUUUCUCUUAUUUAUUCGCUGCUCCCAGCUGAUUCAGUCGGUCCGUCCCGCGGAUGGAACGGGACCCUCUGCCACUAGUUUUCUGGGCCUGCUGAGACCUGAAGUGCUGCUGUGAGGCUCCUGUAAUGUGGAGGCGCCGAGCACAGGGCCUGCCAGCUCACAUCGCAUACCUUACAUCAGCAUCACAGGGUGGGAACCCCCUCUCUCACCAGCUUUUAGAGUCUCACUCCUGCUCUUAUAAGAGCUUAUUCCAGAUGUUUGGAAAAGUUCAACUUGUAAUGAUAGGCGGGGCAGCUCAGAGUCACACCUGUCAUCGUUUCUGAGCUCUUGCUUUGGGUGCAUCUACAGAUAACCUGACCAUAAAAGACAACGGUAUAAAGGCCAGGAAGCCUGGAACUCGCGUCCGGUAAAUCAGCGAGCCAGGAACGCUGUAGGAAUGCCAAUACUCAGACUGUUUUUUUUCUCUCUCUCUCUCUUUCUCUCCCUAAUGUGGUUGGGGGACAGGGUGGGGUGUCAGAUCAGCUGUUCCUCAGCUGGCAAGCAACUACACUUUGUCAGCAGCCCACAGUUCAUUUCCUGUUGCUCUGGAGUAGAUGAACACACUCAUCGAGUUUGAAAAUUUUACAAUCUGUUUCGAUUUUGUCAUCAUUGAGCGAUUUGGGGAAAAAAAAUAAAUAAACCAACAUUUAAUACA